UUUUCAAGAAAAAUUGAAUUCAGUCGAAUUGAGUCUAUUCUAUCGAUUCUUUUCUCGUUUCUCACGUUUGAAUCAUAGUUGAAUUCUUUCUCCUCAAUAGUCGACUAUACAUUUGAGGUGUUUUUGAAGGUAAACAUGACUUUGGAGGAUUUUAAAGAACCUGUUCAUACAGAAGAUGGACUACAUUGUUUGAAUCACUUGGUCACAGAUGCCUUGCGUCACGUACCGGAUUGCUUGGAGUACCUUGCCGGUGCGAAAGAUCUCAAAGUAUUUAAUUUUGUUUCGAUACCUCAAGUCAUGGCUAUUGCAACUUUGGCAGAAUGCUAUAAUAAUCCUCAGGUGUUUCGUGGAAAGGUUAAAGUGCGUCGAGGUAUUACUGCCAAAUUAGUAAUGCGUUCGACCAAUAUGAGAAAUAUUUACAAAAUUUUCUAUCAAUAUGCUGUUUUCAUGAGGGAUCGAAUUCCUGUACAAGAUCCAAGUGCUUUACAAACUCGACAAGUUUUAGAUACAAUAAUUGCGAAGUGUGUAUCGUAUGUGCCAAUGACUCCAGAUCUGACGAUAGCGAAUCGUCUCUCUCUCUUAUUAUUUGCUCUAUUGAGUGCUUACUUGUUGCACCGACGUAAGGAAAAUGCAGGAGAAGGUACCAUAUGGCGACGUGGUGGUGUUCCUCAAGCUUGUGACGUCUUGGCAGUAGCUGCGUUCUUUGGAGUUAUGAUUUAUCUUUUAACCUUUUUCGGUCUACAGUUUGUAAAGCCACAAUACAGUACUGAGCGAAAUAGCUAACUAGACGAUCCAACUUUGUUGGAAGUUUGUUGUUCUUUCAUAAUAUUACAAAGGGA